GAAGCGCAUGCGCAGUAGCUCCGGGUCAGGAUUCAGCUGUUAACUGUGACAGGUCCAGGAUCCCGCUGCUGCUGUAGGAUAGCGACAACUCCGCUUUAUGGUGACUUUAACCAUGUCCUCCACAGGGGUUAGCUCAGCCAGCCCCUCCGCUCCAUAACCAGGUGUCUCCUCAUUACAAAUGCAGGAUGCGGUGCAGUCCCGGCUCCGUGCUCAACCUGCUGCGCAGCGGGCGCCUGCGGUCGUGCGUCAGGCGAGGGAGGAACAGACUCCCGCUGUGGCUCAGGAAGAUCUGGCUCUACGCGCGGCUGCUGGUGCAGUCGCUUUGCUUCAACACCCUCACCGACUCUGAUGUGGUCUUCGACUCCAUCUUUGAGCCGGUGUUUUGGACCGUGGACUACGUCACGCGCUGGUUCGGCUUGUUGUUUGUUUGCCUGGUGGUGAUACUGACCUGCUCCAUUCUGGCGAUAGCCUACAUGGUGCUUCUACCUCUGAUCUUAAACACGUACUCCCCGCCGUGGAUAGCUUGGCACAUUUGUUACGGGCACUGGAACCUCGUCAUGAUCGCUUUUCACUACUACAAAGCUGCCAAGACUUCCCCUGGUCACCUCCCCACGGAAAAAAACGACCGGCCGUUUGUGUCGGUCUGUAAAAAGUGCAUCAUGCCUAAACCAGCGAGAACACAUCACUGUGGUAUCUGUAACAGGUGCAUUCUAAAAAUGGACCACCAUUGCCCCUGGCUAAAUAACUGCGUGGGUCACUUCAACCACCGCUACUUCUUCUCUUUCUGCCUCUUCAUGACCCUGGGCUGUGUCUACUGUAGCAUCAGCGGCAGAAACCUGUUCCUCGACGCGUACAACGCUCUUGAGCGCUUUAAGCAUUCGGAUUUGGAAAAGCCGGGGAUUCCUGUAACAGGGAUGGGACUUCUUAUAGGGCUUCUCCCAUCUGGCCAGACCAACUUCCAGACCGCUGCACCUCCAUACACCUUAAAGGAAAGGAUGAUUCACAAGAGCAUCAUCUACAUGUGGGUUCUCACCAGCACAGUGGCCGUGGCGCUGGGAGCGCUGACCGUUUGGCACGCAGUUCUCAUAUCCAGAGGGGAGACGAGCAUUGAGAGACACGUUAACAAGAAAGAAGGACAGAGACUGGCAGCGUGGGGAAAGGUUUACAGAAACCCUUUCAACUACGGCAAGCUGAACAACUGGAAAGUCUUCUUAGGCGUGGAGAAGAGAAGUCACUGGGUGACGCGCGUCCUGCUUCCCUCCGGACACCCCCCACACGGCGACGGUUUGACGUGGGACAUCCUGCCAGUGAGAAAGGACUUGAUACCUGUGUGACAGGCUGGUCCAGCAACCCCCGUAGCCCGGGAAAACAUUCCUCUGGCAACCCACCGUAUCCAGCCGGCUCGCAGGAUCCCCACUCGGCAGCUCCACUGAGGAAUAUCAGCCUCCAUUACUUAGGACAGGGAUUGCAGACGCAUUCUCAAUAUAAAUAUAUCUUGCAAUCUGACUUUACUUGAGACUGAGCAUUAUGUUGAUAUGAGUGUAGAAUAAAAAAAAAAGAAAUCACGUUUACUGACUGAAUUAUUUGUUUAAAGAUUUUAAAGGUAAAACGUUUUAUUUCAUUUCUUUUUUUUUUUGCCCAAUCUCUUUUGUAUUUAAAAUAGUAUGGAGAGAAAAAAGGAGACACACUAAUGCCAAAAAAAAGUGGUUUAUCUUUAUCCCUGUGUUUUCCAUGUUAAUUUAUCACACGCUACUCCUAAUAGUAACAUUGGAUUCCAUUUAAACCCAGUAUCCUGACAAUGUUAUUUAUCUGUAUUUUGCAUAUGGUAAUAAAACCUUUAUUACUUU